AUGGUGAAUCAGCCUUCAACAGAAAGAAGGGCAAUGGAAGAAGAACUAGUCAAAGGGCGUGACGUAGCAAACCAGUUACUUGAAGUGUGUGUUCACAGAUCCAACACUUAUCAACAUCAUCAUGAAGAUGUACAAGGGUCAAUGCUUCCCUUUAUUGAAGAUCUUGUGCGCAAGGUGCUGUGUUCAUUCACAAACACCCUUUUGCUUUUGAACACUGAUAAUGAUGUCUCUACUGAGGUUCCUAUUCCUAAGACUGUCAAAGAUGUCCCUUCAUUUUCCAAAUGUCCAAACCCUCAGCACACUGAUGAGGUUUGCAAGGGUUUCUUCCAAACUAAAAAACCAAGAGGGUCCUACAAGAGAAAAAGCUACUAUAGAUGCACUCACAAACAUGACAAGGGCUGUCCAGCAAUCAAACAGGUUCAGAGAAUUCAAGAAGAUCCUCCAUUGUACCAGACAACAUAUUAUGGUCAUCAUAAGUGCAAAAGCUCUUCAAGUUCAGAUAUAGUGAUGGAAUCAGCUACUCCUUCUGGCUCUUCUGUGUUCCUUAGCUUCAGUAACACCUUGCCAACCAAAGAACAAUACCAAUUAAAGUCAUGUUUUCUUUCUUCAUCCACCAAAGAGGAGCCAGUGGAAGUGAUUCAAGAUGAACUUCUUGCUGAUCACAGCCCAUUAGCCUUAUCAGAUUACCUCCUGUUGUGGAUAUCUACAUUAGUUCCUAAAAAUCAGAAAUUUAUUUUGAAAGAUUACCUCUCUGUCUCAAAGUUGGGGACAGAAUUGAAGACAUGGAAUUUAGCUGUAACUGAGCUCUUCUGGUACUCUUUGUCGUGA